CUCCGCAGCUGACGGGCGUUGGAGGUUGUUGGGCUUCACGGACGGUUUACAAAAACAACAAAAAAAAAAAACACAAAACAGAAAAAAAAAACAAAAAAACAUGACGAGUUUGGAUCCGCUGAAAUCAGUCAUUUCCAUCGGGAAUGUGGACGACACUUCGCUGGCGGUGCCGUCCGUUAACCAGUACGGAACAGGGCAGCAGCGCGUCCUGGAACAAGUGCAAACUAUCAGGAGGACCAAGUCGAGGCAGUUCAGCAGCAGGAGCGGAUCCGCUUCUUUAUCUCCAACAAGCCCUGUGCAUGACUCUGUGUUCGGGGAUGCUUUCAAGUUACAGUCCAGCACAUCUACUGGCACUGUUUUCAUUGGGAAUGGCUUCUCUAAAGCUCUCAGCCUAGAGAAAAGCAUGAACCGACAACCAGUCAACUUUUCCAAGGGAUCCAGUGUGAAGAUGAACAGAGCAGCUUCUACCUAUCAUUAUGAGAGGAGUUACGCUCCUGUCAGCUCCAUAGCCGUCGGUCAAACCAACACCACCCGCAGUGAGCCUGACCUGGCCUGGCAGCACUCUGUGCCAAAACGCUCUGUUCCUCUGCAGAGGUUCCUCUCCAGCAGGGGCACCCACAGGACAGACAGGUCCACUAGUCAGUAUAUAACCACCAACAUGGGCCAGCUUCCAUCCUUUAUGAAUGGCACAAGUCAGAUCAAAACAAACAACCAGUUCAUUUAUGGCCAAAUUGACUCAUCUAAACAGCUUCCAAAGCUUUCAGUCCCUGACGGUACAAUCAAGGGGAAAGGAGAGUCUGGGGGCUACACGACUGGGAUCAAAGAAGUUGCUGAUAUCACUAUGAAGGAGGCUGUGGAGUGUCUUUCCAGUGACGAUGAGACCUUUCAGCACUGUGGCGCUUCCUACAUUCAGCACAACACUUUCAUUGAUGACAAGGCUAAAGAUGAGGUGCUACAGUUCGAUGGGAUCCCCCCUCUGGUGGGUCUGCUGCAGAGCCCCAAUUCACAAGUGAGCCAGACAGCCUCGGCUGCCCUUCGUAACCUGUCCUUUAAAAACAACAGCGCCAAGGAGGCAAUACAUCGCAGCGGUGGCAUCACAGAGGCUGCGGCUCUGCUCAGAGAUACAGACUCUGUAGAGAUACAGAAACAGCUGACAGGUCUGUUGUGGAAUUUGUCCUCUACAGACGACCUGAAGCCAGACCUGCUGAAGAGUGCUUUGCCUGUCCUAAUGGAGCGUGUAAUCCUGCCUUACACUACAGGUCCUAACCGCGCCACCCAAGACCCUGAGCUUUUCUUCAACGCCACUGGAUGUCUAAGAAACCUCAGCAGUGCAAAGCAGAACAACAGACAGGCGAUGAGGAAAUGUCGUGGGUUGGUCGACUCUUUGGUCAGUUACAUUAAAGACUGUGUGGAAGCAGGAAAACCAGACGAUAAGUCUGUAGAAAACUGUGUGUGCAUCCUGCACAACCUGACAUUCCAGCUGGAGGCAGAGGCUCCGACUCUGUUCAGCAGGAUCACAGCUUUGGCCAAGACUGUCAACAGGAGGAACAGUGAGGGCGAGACGGGCCCCAUCGGCUGCUUCAAUCCGCAGAGCAAAUCACCUGAUCAAGAGCGUCACUUUGACUUCCCGGUGGUUGAGGAUCCACAGCCGACCGGGGCAGGCUGGCUGUUCCACUCCAAAACUCUGCAGAGUUACCUGAAUCUGCUGGAGUCUAGCAAGCGAGAGGAAACACAGGAAGCCUGUUGUGGAGCGCUGCAGAACCUCACCGCACAAGAAGGCAUUGUCUCCUGUGUAAUGAGCCAGGCUAUUGUGCAGAAACUGAAUGGCCUGCAGGUUAUCAGUCCCCUUUUGAAGUCUAACAAAGUCAGCUUGCAGAGGAACACAGUGGCUUUGGUUGGAAAUUUGACCAAGAACCCAAACCUGCACAACGCCUUAGCUCGUAAGGCCCUGCCAGAGCUGCUGAACAUCAUCAGUGCAGGCACCAAGCAAGGGAAUGAGUCUGAUGACACACUGGCUAUGGCCUGCCAGGCCGGCAACUGCCUGCUUUUGAAGGAACCUGAGAUGGGCAAACGCCUGUUAAACAGUGGCGUGAUAAACUCACUGAGCUCUCUCAGUCAAAACAAGUAUUUCCCUAAAGCCAGUAAAGUUGCAUCCCUGUUUCUCUACAACCUGUGGUCAGAAAAAGAUUUGCAAAGCUUCCUGAAAAAGCAAGGGAUGAGUAAGGCCUCGUUUGUAAAUGACAUCACCACGACGGCACUCAAGUCGGUCCAAGUUGUCCACUAACGCGAGAGCUUUAACUGAUCUCUGAAGGUCUUUUACCGAAGCAACUCGCCUGCAAGUUCUCUGCACAGCCAGGACAGGAUGUAAACGCACUGAGGCGGAGCAGCAUCCUUUCUUAUUUCACAAAGACUUACAGAUUUUUAAUCUACUGCAUGUAUCCAUAUAACAAAUCUUGCAGCGAAUGAUUACACAGGCCUGUAUAUGCUGUAAGGUGAAGGUCGAGAUAUGUUAGCAGCUGCAAGUUUUUAUUAGCUUUUUUGGUUUUCACUGCUGUCGAAUGUCUUUUAAUGUAAAUUUUGUCUGUGCCUGCAUUCUGCAAUAUGGUACAAUUCGCUUGCUUAUUAGAUAAUAACAUAAGGCUUCUGCAUUUUUUUGCACUGAUAUUGCUGUUGAUAUGACAAAAUGAAUUUGACUCUGUAUGAAUGAUGAACAUAGAUAAACAGAGCAUCUUUUCUGUUGUUAGAGUUUAUGCAGUUGCUAUAGGAGCUAUGAUAUUGUCUUAUGCAUUGAGGUGUCUUUACAUUUUGUAAAGCCAACUCCUGUUGGUGGUGUAUCCAUCUUUUUUUUUUUUUUUCAUAUGUACAUGUGCAAUCACAUAAUGAUCUACUUGUAUUGUUGCCAAAAUUAGCUGGAAAUCUGACAAAUAAAGACUUCAU